AUGCGCCGCAACACCACACGACUACUAAAACAAUCCAUAACGCUCCUAGCGCGUGAAACGUCCUCACCAUGGGCGUCGCGAACACCCUACAUCUGCGCAAACUGUCAAGCCUCCCUCCGAACAAACCCUCCUAAACACAACACCCCCCAACACCGACGAGCCCUCACAACCACCACCCGCCGAUUCCAAGAGGAAGACAACAAACCCACCACCACCACCACCGCCACACCCCCAUCGCACUACACCUUCUUCCCCCAAACCUUCCCCCAAGGCCCCCCGCCCUCCUCCCCCUUCACCCCGGACCUCCGCGCCCUCCGGUCCGAAUUCCUCCGCCAACAAGCAAAAUCCCACCCAGACCUCGCCCCUUCAAACCAGAAACACCGCGCCGAAGCCCUCUCCGCGCGGAUCAACGAAGCGUACAAAACCCUCCAAUCCCCGCUGCUGCGAGCGCAGUACCUCCUGCGGGAAGCGGGGAUCGAGGUGGAGGAUGAGAGCGCGAAGUUGGAAAAAGAUGCGGAUGGGGAGUUGUUGAUGGAGGUUAUGGAGGCGCGGGAGAGGGUGGAGGAGUGUGAGGGGGAGGAGGAGUUGGUGGGGUUGAAGGGGGAGAAUGAUGAGCGGAUUAAGGCGAGUGUGAGAGUGCUGGAGGGGGCUUUUGCGGAGGGGGAUUUGGAGAGGGCGAGGCGGGAGGCGGUGAGGUUGAGGUAUUGGGUGAAUAUUGAGGAGAGUAUUCGGGGGUGGGAGAUGGGGAAGGGUGGAGGGAUCCUUCAUCAUUGA